GGACAUCCGCGGCGCCCCGUCGCUGCUCCCUAUUGCUGGAUCCCCCUGAACACCCACCUGGACUCCGGGCGUCCUUUCUACCCUGCAGCCAUUUGCUUGCCUUCCCGCAGACAUGCCGUUCGUUGAAUUGGACACAAACUUGCCCGCUGGCCGCGUGCCCGCAGGACUGGAGAAGUGGCUCUGCGCGGCCAUUGCGACCAUCCUGGGCAAACCUGAGAACCGCGUGAACGUGGCGGUGCGGCCCGGCCUGGCCAUGGUGGUGAACGGCUGGGCAGAGCCCUGCACGCAGCUACUUGUCUCCUCCAUCGGUGUGGUGGGCAGGGCCGAGCACAACCGCGGCCACAGAGCCCGCCUCUUCGAGUUCCUCACCAAGGAGCUGGACCUGGCCCAGGACCGGAUAAUUAUCCGCUUUCUCCCUUUGGAGCCCUGGCAGAUUGGCAAGAAUGGGA